ACUUCACAAAUAUCUAAACGGUUUCACUGAUUAGCAAGAUAGUACCUAGAUAGUAGAUAGUACCAGACUACAUUGUAGAGCUUUUUGGUGAGGUUGAGUAAUAGACACUGACACUUAGCAUGUCUCCAUACAUUUCAUUUCAUUUUAAAUUACAUGAAGGUAUGUUUAGCAAAAAUAUGUUUCUCAGUGUGUUUAGACCACCCAGUUCAGAAAUGAUUCUGGCAUGCUCGCCUCAACAAAUCUGUGAGCACAUCCGUUCUUUUACUUCCUUCUCUCUUUCUCGUAAUCUGUUUUCCUGCUUCUCUCUGCUGUAACUGUGGUGGGUGUGAAAGAGAGAAAGAAGAUGACGGACUCAGUGAUCUACACAGAAGUUAAGUUCAAAAAGUCUGCUGGUGAGGAUACUGGGACAGGAGUGGGAAAGGUACACAUUAACCAUGCUGACACGCAGACUCAAUGUAACUCCAAACUCAUCUGGGUCUUGUGUGGAGCCAUCUUCAUUCUUUUGACAGCUGUCAUCGGAAUGGCCAUCAAAAUGGUCAGACUCCAUGGAGAAUCGAGUAGAUGUGGUCUCCAAUUUCAGGGAGGACAACAGAGGCCUGACAGAUCCAAUACUGAAAUCCCACCCACAUUGCCUCUGUGUCCAGUCAACUGGGUCACAUACAAGGAGCUGUGUUACUUCAUUGGCUCCACGAAGAUAACCCGGUCAUCCGCCCUGGAGUCCUGCUCCAAUAUCUCUUCUCAGCUGGCUAAUACAGAGGAUACAGACACACUGAGGGUUUUACGACAGCACAUGGCCAAUACAAACUACUGGAUUGGCCUGAACAGGUUAGGAAAAGAGAAUGGCACAAGCUGGUUCUGGAUGGACGACAGGCGGCUGCAGAUGACGUCUUUCUUCAGUAAUACUGAUCAUUCCGAGAGAUACUGUGCCACAGUGUCCAAGAAAACCAUUUAUGCAGAAAAAUGUGAUGAACAGAAGAGUUAUAUCUGUGAGAAGAAAGCCAGGGCUUAAGCUCGAUGGCAAUUAGGCUCCUGAAAACAAUGCAACAUUAGGUUGUUAUGUAAUAUGUAUUUUUAUUUUAUUUCAUUCAUUUCGUACAAUUCGUACUUUGUUUCUUUGAUUAAACUGAAGCAUUAUUUGUACAAAAAUGAAAUUCCUUGAAUGCUUCAACAAGAACAAUAAAACCUGCGAGUGUCCCCUGCCUAAUUUAAUUAUUUCCCCUCAUGAUCUGUUUUGCCACCUUUAAGCUGAUAACAGGGCCUUUGAAGCUUUGCAGGCAUCAUUGGAAUUUCACUGUCCUGCAGAUUUUCACACAAAACCAAUGCCCAUGUCUCCUUCUAGAGGCGUGACUCAGGAUAGACAAUAAAACCACACUAAAUUAGUGGUGCAUCCAACAAAAAACCACAGAAAGACGGUGCGGACUAUACAAACAUUCCAUUUUGGUUCUUAAGAGAAGCAGUGUGCCAACUGCAAUGUUAAUACAACCAGAAAGAAACCACAAAGAAUUCAUAUUAGGUCCAAAACUUGUAAAAAGUGGCUGGUUGGGAUGGAAAACUAGAAAACCCACAUACUGUAACAACAGCUCACACUGAGAAAGGGUCCAUUACUUCAGCACUUUUUUCACUAUUUGUACAACAUAUUUUUCCUUAGUCACAGAAAUAUGAAAAGGUACAGUGCUGUGAAAAAGUAUUUGCCAUCUUCAUGAUUUCCUUUAUUAUUGUAUACUUGUCACACUGAAUGGUUUCAGAUCUUCAGAAAAAAUGUAAUAUUAGACAAAGCACAUUUAAAAAAUAAUUUAUUUAAUUCAAAUAAGUUGUAAAACACCCAUAUUACCUAUGUGAAAAAAGUAAUUUCCCCCACUUAAUUGGUUGAACCACGUUUUGCAGCAAUAACUGCAACCAAACACUUCCUACAAGUUGAUAUUAGUCUUUUAUAUCACUGUGGAAGAAUUUUAGUCCACUCUUUGCAGAACUGCUUUAAUUCUGACAAAUUGGUAGGGUUUUGAGCAUGGACUUAUUUCAGGUCCUGCCACAGGAUCUCUAAUGGGUUCAAGUCAGGACUUUGAGUAGGCCACUCCAAAACUUUGAAUUUUGUUUCUUUUCAGCCAUUCAGAUGUUGACUUGCUUUGGUGUUCUGGAUCAUUGUCUUGCUGCAUAACCAAAAUACGCUUCAGGUUCAGCUGAUGACCAGGCAUUUUGUUUAAGAAUUUUCUGGUGCAGGGCAGAAUUCAUGGUUCCUUCCAUAAUGACAAGUCAUCCAGGUCCAGAGGCAGCAAAGCAUCCCUGUACCAUCACACUAUAACCACCAUAUUUGACUGUUUUUAUGUUCUUAUUGUGAAAUUCUGUAUUUGCUUUAUGCCAGACAUAAUGUAUUUUUUUGCAAAUGUGAAAGAAGCACUGCUGUUGCUCUUGGUUAACCAUGGUUUCCGCCUUGCUACUCUCCCAGAAAUUCCAUUUUUGUCCAGACCCUUUUUUUAGGGUGGAGUCAUGAGCACUGACCUUAGCUGAGGCUAGAUAAGCCUGCAUUUCUUUGGAUGUUCUUCUGGGAUCUUUUGUGACUUCCUGAAUGAGUUGUCGCUGCACCCUUGGAUAAAUUAUGGCAGGCCUGCCACUUCUGGAAAGAUGCCCCACUGAUGCCCCAAGUGUUCUUCAUUUGGAGAUUAUGGCCCCCACUGUGGUUUGGUGGAGUCUCAGAGCCAUAGAAAUGGCUUUGUAACCCUUUCUAGACUGGUAUAUUUCAACAAGAUGAGAAAAAAAACUUGCUGAAAUAUACCAGUCUGGAAAGGGUUACAAAGCCAUUUCUAUGGCUCUGAGAUCUUUUGAUUGUGGCAUAGGGAGCUUGUAGAAACAUCUGGGAGCUACUUUACUCUGAUGGUGAGGUUCAGUAUGCAAUCAAGCCUGGCUGUUUAAUGUGCUAAAUCUAAUUAUCAAUUAAAUUUGGUUAAUUGGUUGAUUGAGUAACUAAGGGGGCAAUUUUUAACGUCGGUGAAACAGUAUGGGUUUAUAUGGGUUCUAUGGGUUUGAUAAAAUUGCAUGCAAGUUUAUUGUAUUAUUAUUAUUUGAUUAAAUGAAAAAAUGAAAAUCAUUUAAAAAAUGUGUUUUGUGUUUACAGUUUUCCUUUGUCUAGUAUUACAUUUUGCCUAAAGAUCUGAAACCAUUCAGCAUGACAAAUAUGGAAUAAUAGAGUAAACCAGGACAGGGGCAAAUACUUUUUCACGGCACUAUAUUUAUCUCAAUAUAUGUUUUACUUAUAUCAGUAUAUUGCACAAUAUAAAAUUUAACAUGCAGGGUAGUGUGGCACAAAUCAAAUGAUAUGAAAAGCAUUUAGAAACACUGCAUUAUUUACUGAUUAUGAAAUAGAUUUACUUUUUUUUCAUUUGCUAUAAUGAAAGUGAUAUAUUUAUACUAUGAUUCCAGGAAAUGUUCAUAUAACACUACAGAGAAAAGUAAAAUGGAUGAAAGAUCAUGAUGGCAUGAUCUUUUGGGCCAUAAAUGAAACCCACCCUACUCAAGAGAGGAAUGCAGUUGGGGUAAUAUAGGGAUACAACCCUCAUGCCUUUAAACUGACCCCUACUUUACUCACCACUGCCAACUGAACUAGCAUUUUGACAGAGUAAUAUCCAGCUGUCUGUUUCUUUCUUCUGAUCAGCUUCAAUUUAUUUAAUCCUUUCACAGUGGCAGCCAUUUUAAAUGUAAAAGCUCAACCAAAAAAAGAUAGAAAUCACGACAAAGAUCCAGCCGCAUACGAACCACAGAAAAUAUGGUGCGAAGAUACUUAGUGUCAUGGAUUCAAAAUCCACAAUCAGUAAUGGACACCUCAACUGACCCUUCAAGACCUGUGCAACAAGAGGGAGCCUUAGCCCCCAUGGGGCCCAGUGAGACGCCAAAACGUCUUUAUUUCUGGGCUAUAGUCUUAACUGCUGUCCUCUGCUGUCUGCUUGUCAUCACAGCUAUAGUGCUGGGGGUCCUCUAUGACAAGGAAUCAAAGAAAAAUUACAACCCAGAUCUGGACAGUUUGCUGUCCGCCUACCAUAAUGUGAGCACCCUCUACCAAAGAGUUUCUGAGGCUAAUGCCCAGCUGCAAAGAGAGAACACCGACCUGACCAAAAACAACACUUGGCUACACGCUCAGAACACACACCUCACCAGCAACAACACACAGCUCAUGUGGCAAAACGACAACCUCACACUGGAAAACACAGAGCAACGCCGGGAGAUCUGGAACCUGACCGACGCCAGUCGUCGACUACGCGACAAAGCCACCAAUCUGACCGCAUACAGUGAACAGCUGGAGGGGCAGAACCUGAACAUGUCUCACACCAUCACUCUACUGCAGCAGGAGAACAGAAACCUGACUGAAUCCAACACGCGACUGCAGAGCGAUAACUGGGACCUGUCUGAUGCUAACAUACAGCUCGAGCGGGAGAAUCACGACUUUUCUGAUGCCAACAGCUUCCUGGGGGGCUGUUGUGAGACAGCAAAAUGGAAUAGCACACUGCUUCUGAAGGAGAACCAGGGCCUGCUGGAAGAGAACACCUGGUUGAAGCACCAGAAUCAGAACUUGACCCAUCAAAAUGCAUGGCUGGAAAUGCAGGGGGAGGUGCUCAUGAGGGCCAAUGCCAGGCUAAGUUUGGAGAAUGCAAACCUACUGGAUGAUACACUCAGGCUUUACCAGAACUACCUGUCUCUGGAUCAGUACUGCCCUGUUGUGAAUGCAGAGACUCAGGAACGUCUUUGUAAGAAGUGUACUGGCAACUGGAUCAUUUUCCAGUCCAAGUGCUACUUCUUUUCUGGUGUCAAAAAAACCUGGCGUGACAGCCGAGCAAAAUGCCAAUCUGAAGGGGCAGACUUACUCAUUGUUAAUAGUGUGGAGGAGCAGAAGUUUGCAUUUAGGACAAGCCUUUCUGUCAAUCAAGCGGGCACCCGGGUUUGGAUCGGACUGACGGACGCACAGACAGAAGGACAAUGGCGCUGGGUGGACGGCAGUCCUGUCACUAAUGAUUUGCAGUUCUGGCUUAGUCGGACUAGCGAAGCAGACGAGCCUGAUGACUGGAAGGCAACUAACUCUCUGGGUGAAGACUGUGGACAUCUAGACACUAGUGUACACGAACUGAACUCCUGGAUGGAUGGGCCAUGUGAGACAGCCUACAGAUCAAUCUGUGAAAAGAGUGUUUAAAACAUACACAAAUUCUGUUCUUGUGCUGAUGUAAAGUCCAAAUACGCAUCAAAUAAGUUUAAGAAUACAUGCAGGCUAUUCCUUUCAGUCAUGUUCCAUUUCUCAAUAGUCAUUGAUCUGUCAAUAAUCUAUGUAUUUAGCAGGAUUCUACAAUAAGCCUAUUUUUGAUGUAGAAUCACAACAUUCAAUUAACAUUUUCUACUUCAAAUUUUUCCAAAAAUGUAAAAAUUUCCAUGAAUCUCGUCUUUUUGAUCUCCUUUCAUUUUGAAGGCUGCGCUCACUCAAUAGCAUGAUUUAAUACAAAGGCUUUUCCACAUACAACAUACAAUCAAAUGCAACAUAGCAACUUUUACAACAUAAUGAACAUUAGCCACGAGGUCAUGUGGCUCAGUUAAACUCAGUUUAUCCUCUUUUUCCUUAAUUUCAUUGCUGUACCAUUUAUUUUAAUAUUCUGCAUUGGAUCAUGAUGGUAUGUUGUGGAAACUGCAGUUUCAAUAAAGUUUGUUGAAAUUUGA